CUCGGCGAGGGUCACAUCCGGUGACGUCAUACAUCCCGAACCUUUUCCAAGGUUUCCACUCAUCCGUUGCUUUUUUCUCUCCUAAUAUGUAAUGCCGAAAUGCCAUCUUGUCGUUUGUCGCAGCUAGUAUGCUAGUGGAGUGGAACCGAGCGAUCUUUCACUCUGAGCCGAGCCCGGAAAGCCAAGGCUGGUGUCUUUUUGUAUGAACCGUUUCUGUUGGCAGCCACGGCGCAUGCCUCAGGCUGCCAUAUUGAACGAGAAAAGCCAUUCGGAAUAAGCGAAAAAAAGGCGAAUUAGGAUAAAUAAAAUGUCCGAAUCGAGACGAUUUCCUCUCUCAGCUUGACAUUACCUCGUCGGGUUGACGAAUCAUAUGUGGAUGCUAAAAUAAAUGAAUGUACAGAACGUGUUGUGUCUAUCUUCACACCGAGACCGCAGGUAGUUAGGAGCUGACAUCAUGCCUUCCCUACCAAAGCCAGGAAGCCUAAAGGACCCUGAAACUGCAGCUCUCUUCAGCUUGGAAGAUCCGGAAAAAGUUUUCACGGAACUGAGAGAGAUUGGCCAUGGCAGUUUUGGUGCGGUGUAUUUUGCUAAAAACCUUAUCACAAAGGAGAUUGUUGCCAUUAAAAAGAUGUCUUUCAGUGGAAAAAGUUCUGCAGAGAAAUGGCAAGACAUAGUAAAAGAAGUGAAAUUCCUGCGGGACUUGAAGCAUAGAAAUAUUAUAGAUUUUAAAGGGUGCUAUUUGAGGGAGCAUACGACAUGGCUUGUCAUGGAGUACUGUCUUGGUUCUGCAGCAGACAUAAUUGAAGUGCACAAGAAACCUUUAAAACAAGUGGAGAUAUCAGCCAUAUGCCAUGAUGCUUUGGAAGGGAUGCACUAUUUGCAUAGCCAAGGCAAAAUCCACAGAGAUAUUAAAGCUGGUAAUAUUCUUCUCAGAGAAAAUGGCCUAGUAAAACUGGCUGAUUUCGGUUCAGCUUCUAUGACAUCUCCUGCUAACUCCUUUGUUGGUACACCAUACUGGAUGGCACCUGAAGUUAUUUUAGCUAUGGAUGAAGGGCAGUAUGAAGGAACCGCCGAUAUUUGGUCUUUAGGAAUUACUUGUAUUGAAUUAGCUGAAAGAAAACCUCCAUUGUUUAAUAUGAACGCAAUGAGUGCCUUGUAUCACAUUGCACAGAAUGAUUCUCCCACCCUGUCUCCUGGUGACUGGUCUGAAAGUUUUCACGACUUUGUUGAUUCCUGUCUUGCCAAAUGUCCGGCAGAUCGGCCAAGUGCCCAGAAGUUAUUGUUUCAUCAGUUUGUCAAUACACCCAGAUCGAAUACUGUGAUUUUAGAUUUGAUUUUCCGAACGAAGGAUGCAGUUCGAGAACUGGAUAAUCUCCAGUAUAGACGCAUGAAAAAGAUCUUGAUGGUGGAAAAUAACGACGAUGAGGCAAAGAAUUCAACUGGGGAGCCGUCUGCCGAUGAUUCUUCUCAGGAUGAUGAUACAUUGAUUGACAGUAGUAAGUCCAAUAGUAUAGCCAGUCACCAGAGUGGUAUCAGUACAAGUAGCCGCAGUAGCAGUAUGAACAGUCUUCCAGGACCUAGCGUUGAUGAUAACCAUUUCAGUUUCUCAAGAGAUCACAGUGAUAAGUGGACAAAUUACUUCCUGGCACGCCAUUCUAUAUGUUCAUCUAACCUAAAAGACCAAGUAAGCUGCUCCUAAGUACAUCCUCCUGGUACUGCACAGACCACUGUCAGUGAUUCUAUUGGAUGUUGUCAAAAGCCCAGUUGUUGUUGUUGUUCUUGUUGUUGUUGUCUUCCAAAAAAAAAAAAAACCUCUUUCCUCUCUAUCUCUCUCUCUUUCCUCCUCUCCUCCUGAGCUGAGAUCUGACACACAGGCUAUGCUGGCACUACAGAUGUUGUUCAUUCCCUGUUCGGAGCAUGUACAGCUAUAAUAGUUGUAGACGUCUGUUGUUUGGUUAAAGCUUUUUUUUUCUGUAGUUCCGGCUUCUUAUUGCAUCCCCUGCAUAUCCUAGGCAUUUCUUUUCCUCCUCUUGUUCCCUUUCACAGCUCGUUUUGAUCCCUGAAUCGUUACAUUAUCAAGAGUUUUUUUUUUUUUUUUUUUUU